GUUACAAUCAGAUAAACUUGUUUCAUAAAUAACGUUUACAAUCAGAUAAACUUGUUUCAUUAAGUUGGUUCUCAGUAAAAUUUUUGAACAAUGUUAGUAGAAGUGGCAUUUAAGUGAUGUUUUAUAUGAGUAAGAAUAAGGUUAUGAAGUAUGUUAAAUAAAAUCCUGCCUUGUGUGCCAUUGUUCUCUGUGGUGUAAUGCUCUACUUAAUAACUGAUUGAUGUAUGCUCUGUACAUUUAUGAAAAUUGACAUUUGGGUCUGUGAGUACAGUGUUUCUAAGCAAAUUGAAAUGUGUUUUAAGCAAAUUAAAGUGGAAUGUAUGAAAUGACCCCGGCCUCUUUUAAAUGAUAGUUCAACACACGUCCCUGUUUCUCGUUCUUAAAUCAUGCUUCUGAAUCGCAUUUACACUUUUCUUGUGUCCUUUACUAAUUGUUUCUUCUUCAAAGGGUCUUGCUCAUCGUUUGAGUUCUGCUUGGAUGGAGAUUACCUAUUGGGUGGACUAUUUCCAGUACAUGAUGCUGAACAUGAAACAUCCUUUUUUUCCCUGGAACCCAUUGAAUGUUUUCGGCACAGUUUUACAAAAUCAGGCUAUCAGAUGUUUCAAGUAAUGAGGUUUGCUGUUGAGGAGAUUAAUAACUCCACUACCCUGCUGCCCAAUGUCUCUCUGGGUUAUGAAGUUUUUGAUCAUUGUUCUGACACUAAGAAUUUCCCUUCAGUCUUCAGUUUUAUCUCACAGAACGGAUCAAUAAAUCCUCAAGAAAAACUCAACAGUCAUCAGCCUAAAAUCAUUGCUUUAACAGGACCAUAUGGAAGCACAAGAACUAUUACUAUUGCACCACUGAUUACAAUGGACCUUAUACCACUGGUCAACUAUGGAGCUUCUAGUUAUGCACUGAGUAAUAAACUUCAGUAUCCAUCUUUUAUCAGAACAAUCCCUAGCAACAAAGACUUGAUACAGAUGAUUAUUCAAAUCAUCAAGUGGUUUGGAUGGAACUGGGUUGCUUUUCUUGGAGGCCCAGACAAUUACAGUGAAGAUGGCCUAUAUCUGUUUAACAAAUAUAUCCACAAUACUAGCAUUUGUUUGGCUUAUCAUAAGGUUCUCAGUCAAAGUGCAAACUACAGUCUAACUCUUAAAAAGAUUGAUAAGCUCAACAUCAAUGUCAUUGUGGUUUUCGCUGUGCCACAAUAUGCAAAAAAUAUAAUCAAAGCAGCCAUAACAAAUAACAUCCGAGACAAAGUUUGGAUUGCAAGUGAAACAUGGUCCAUGAAUCAGCAGCUUCCAAAAGAGCCAGGAAUUGAGAAAAUUGGAACAAUUAUUGGCAUUACAGAGAGAUUUUUGUCAUUGCCAGGAUUUAAUGACUUCAUUUAUAAAACCAAAGAAACAACUGAGGUUUAUUCUAAUGAUAACACUGAGAGUGAAAUCCACACAAAGACAUGUAAUCAAGAUUGUGACAACUGCUCAUUGGUGACUGCAGAGGAAAUUAUAAAUGAAGAUCCCACAUUCUCUUUUGCCAUCUACGCUGCCAUAUACACCAUAGCUCAUGCAUUACAUAAAGUUCUGCACUGCAACAUGAACCAAUGCAACAAAAAUACAACAGUUAAGCCAUACAUGGUGAGUCAAAUAUUAAUCUUGGUCAAAUGGAGCACAGUGGUUUAGUGGGUGGCAAUUUUGUCUCAACAUGAAGGGUCCUUGUUUGAGUCCCAGCUGCCCAGUUUCUUCCAAGUACUCUUGAGUUACUCCACAGCCCAAAGACAUGUUGUUGAAUUGAACCAAAAAAUGCUAAAUUGCAUUUAUGUUAGCAAUUUCCAGGGUAUAUGAUAGGCUUCAGCACACCCUGUGAACCCACAUUCAGUUAUGACAGUAAAAAAGUAAAAGAAAAAUUUAUUAUUGCUAAUAUUUAGCAAUUUAUUAUUAUUUAGUUAAUAAUAAAAACAGGAUUUUUUUAGUAAUUUAGUAAUGAAAAUAGUAUCUAAAAUAUAUACUAUUACAUUUUUUUUUAUUCGCUUUGGUACUAUUUUCACAAGUAAGGUGUACAUUUUCAAAACUCUUAGUACAAAAAUCCAAACUGAUCACACUUGUAACGCAGCUAGUCAUUCUUUCAAAACAUGAUGUAAUGCUUUCAGUAAGUUGCACAUGUUUUCAGUCCACAUAAUCAUUGUUUCAAAUACAAGAUUAUUGUAAUAUGUAAUGAGAACAUUUGGUUUAAUCACCGAAACACAACGGUAUGAUAUUCUUUCAGUUUAGUACUUUUAACAAUCAGUUCAUCCAACAGCAAACAAUGCAAGAUACAUGUUUCAAAUCAGCCUUAAAAGUGCUGAAAUUAAUAUGCUACAAUACUAUAAAAUACAUAUUACACAGUUUCACAUUAGGCAAUACACUUACAUUACUUACAUAAUCUAUAAUUACCAAAAUAUCCAUCCUAUGUGUAAUCAAGUGAAGGAUCAAUGAAGACAUCCUCUACAAUCAUUUGAGCAAAUUACAGUAGUUUUUAUUUUUCAGAUAUAAUUGUAACAUAGCUAUACUUUCUAUAAUGUAACUGAAUGAAAACAUAAAAUGUAGUGCACACAUUACAUUACAUUACAGUAAUUUGGAUCAAGCCUGUCUUGAGCAUUUGGCCGUAGAUUUUCGUCCACCUCUUUGACCUCUCUGUGGGUGCCCAUGCCCACCUCUCUGAUGGAUCCCUUGUCCACAAGUUCUUCUUAUUCCUUGCUAUCUGUCCUGCUCCAUGUUGAAAUAAAUUGCCAGUGUUUCACCCCCACUUUUACAGUAUAUCUACUGUAAUGACCAACUGUGGUUACCACUAUGUAAAAUCAAUUAGCAAUACAGAGUAUUUUACAGUAUCAUGUGUGGUUACACAUAAUUUA